AAAAACAAUGAAAAAAAGAAAAAAAAAAAAAAAGAUGACUCUUUAGACGAUAAAAAAUUUAGUGAAGUGUAUAAUUCUAUUUAUGAAAAUUUAAAAAAAAAAAAAGAAAUUAAACAAAACAUUGAAGUUAAUUAUUCAAAUAAAAAUGAAUAUUAUGAAAUUAAUUACACUUCUUCUGACAAUGUAAAUUCUAUAUCAAGUGUUGAAGAUGAUUCUCUUUUUAAUGAAGAUAUUUUAAAAAAAUACAUUAUAGGACAAGUAUUAAAUAUAAUUAGAACGUCAUUUCAUUGGGUUAUAACAUCAUUUUUUUUAAUUUUUUUAUUUGUUCAUUUUUCAGUGUUUUAUGUAUACAGAUUAGUUUCAUUUUUAACAUUAUUUCUGUUUACUCCUAUCUCUAUAUAUUUAGUAAAAAAAAAAAGUAUCAAAUUUUUCUUAAUUUUAACCAAUACUGUUAGAUUAUUUAUAUGGGGAAUAUUUAUACCUUUAUUAUAUUAUUUUUAUAGUGAUCAAAUAAAAAAAUAUUAUAUAAAUAGGGUUUAUGAAUUAAUCUUUAUCUUUUUAUUAAUAAUUGAUAAUAUACAAAUAAAUAUAUCUAAUUUAAUUGAUAUUGACAAUAAUGGAAUAGAUUUUUUAUCAAAAAAAUAUGAUUUAAAAAUUAAUGAAAAGGCCAAAAGAAAAUUUCUAACAUUACAUCAAUUUUUUUUUGAUAUAUCAUUUAUUAUUAUUAAUCCUCUACUUAUAUUUGUUAUUUAUAUAUUUAGUAACUUUUUUAAUGAAAUAUAUUAUAGAGAUGUAUUUAUAUAUUUCUCUUCUUUUAUAUUUUCAUUUAUUACUAUAAUAACUUUAAUUAUCUAUAGUAUUGGAUUAAAAAAAAAGAAAAUUACUACAAAUAAGAAUAACGAUAGCAAUAUUGAUAAAUUCAGAUAUCAUAAUUCAAGAGAAAGUAUUGAGAAUAUGGAUUAUAUUAAAAAAUAUAAUAAUGAAAAUGAUUUUGAAGAGUAUUAUGAAAGGCAAAAAUAUAAUGAUGAAAAAUAUACUAGUUAUAAAAAUUCUUCUAAUGUAUAUAAUAAUAAAAAAAAAAAAUACAUAAAAGAAAAGACAAGUGUAGAAUUUGAUGAUUAUAUUAGUGAAGAAAUUUCAUUGAAAGAUCAAUAUAAAAAACAAUUUUCGGAAUUAAUUAAUAACUUUUAUAGGAUUAAAGGAGAGAAAAAAAUAAUAUUUUAUAUAACUAUGUUGUCAUAUCUAAAUAGUGUAGAAGAUAUUAUGGUAUUAAUGCUUAUUCCUUUAACUUCUAUAUAUGUAUCAGAAUUUUUUAACAUAAAUAAUAUAUUCUCUCAAAUUUUAAUUGCUGUUAUAUUGAUAUCAUUAACAAAAUGUUUUGAAAAUAUAUCAUAUUAUUCAAACAAAAAAAAUAUUAUAGCAUUAAAGGAUAUUUUCAUAGGAAUUAUUUUAUCAGGAAUUUCUUUAUUAUUUUAUUUUUUCCCAUUUUUAAUGUUAAAUCAUUUGAAUAUAUACAGCUUUUUAAUAUUUUAUAUAAUUUGUUGUUUAUUCUACUUCUUUUUCUCAACCAAUUUAAAGACAAAGUUAUCUCUAAAUUUACAGAAAAGUGUGAAAGAAAUAAAAUCAGAUAUUUAUAAUUUUGUUGGUCUUUUUAUGUCUUUUAUCAAUUUAUUGUUUGUCUUUUUAAUAUCAUUUUUUUUAUCUAUAUUGGAUAACUUUGUUAUAAAUUAUGUAUUUAUAUGUACUUUUUUAAUUUUACUUUUAGUUUUCUUUUAUAUAUGGGCAUUUUUUAUCAUAAAGAAAGAAAGUAAUUAA